GGUCAGUCGCACCUCGAACUCCAGCUCUUAUUGAUGCGUUCGCUGCGGAGCCAACGAUCACUCUCCCUUUCUGGGUUACUGUAGUUUGGGGUGAAACACGCCAGCUUCACCUCCGUUUAACAGCCUGACUCUCCUUUCUACCCCCCUGCCUGUCUUUCGAGCAUCACCAAACCACAGCCACGAUGACGGAGGCGGAGGCGUUGGAGAAGAAGCAGCACAAGUCGAGCAACGGAAAUGUUCUUCCAGAGCCCACCACAGAAGACGUGUUUGAUCACACAUACAAAGAGAAAGAAGGCCCCAAACCUCCCAUGAUCAUCGUAUGGAGAAAUGUCGUUAUGAUGACACUAUUACAUAUAGGUGCCGUGUACAGCUUGUUCCUCAUCCCUUCAGCAUCUUCUUCGACCUUGCUUUGGUCCGUACUUUGUUUUCUAAUAAGUGCUUUAGGAGUUACUGCAGGAGCUCAUCGCCUGUGGAGUCACAGAUCCUACAAGGCCACAUUACCUCUAAAGAUCUUUCUUGGUGUUGCUAACUCCAUGGCUUUUCAGAAUGAUAUCUUUGAGUGGGCUCGAGACCACAGGGUUCACCACAAAUAUUCAGAGACAGAUGCUGACCCUCACAACGCCUGCCGGGGCUUUUUCUUUGCUCACAUUGGCUGGCUGUUGGUACGCAAGCACCCUGACGUCAUCGAGAAAGGACGUAGGCUGGAGCUCAGUGACCUGAGGGCCGACAAAGUUGUAAUGUUCCAAAGGAAGUAUUACAAGCUGUCUGUGCUGCUCAUGUGCUUCUUCGUCCCCAUGUUCGUGCCUUGGUACCUGUGGGGGGAGUCUCUGUGGGUGGCCUACUUCAUCCCCGCUCUGCUGAGGUACACCUUGGUGCUGAACGCCACCUGGCUGGUCAACAGUGCCGCUCACAUGUGGGGAAACCGUCCCUAUGACAAGAACAUCAACCCCAGGGAGAACAAGUUUGUCACGUUCAGCGCUAUAGGUGAGGGAUUCCACAACUACCACCACACGUUCCCCUUUGACUAUGCAACCAGCGAGUUUGGCUGCAAGUUGAACAUUACCACUUGUUUCAUCGACGUCAUGUGCUUCUUGGGCCUGGCCAAAGACUGCAAGAGGGUGUCCCACGAGACGGUCCUCGCCCGAUUACAGCGCACCGGAGACGGAAGCCACCGGAGUGGCUAAGAUCGACGAACUGUGAUCCGAACAACCGAAGAGAAGAAGCUCCACAGUCCUUUGACAGCUAUACAUUCGUCAUCCUCUGAGGAUAAGCGUCAUCGUCAUGAGGGCCUUGACCACAUUUUGCUUGUUUUUGUGGUUUUUGUAGCUGUAACUUAACAAAUUGUUCAAGAUGGAUAAAAACAAAAACAUUUGCUAAGCUCUUGGCCUCGGGUUCUAUUGUUCAGUCAGGCCAAGGCCUCGCAAAGAUGUUUUAGAUUUGAAGUAGAUGCAUUUUCAACUUCAUUCAGUUUUUGCCACUUUGGUGUGCAUCCUUCGUGCAAGGUCAGUCAUGUAGCCGAUCAUUUUUAUGUAAGUAUUACUCAAUUAUUAAUCAAAAUAGACAAGAAGUGGAGCACUGGAAGUACGGGGUAACAACGUUUCAACUGAUUGGAGACUGUUGUCUUUAUUGUGGUUUACAGCAAGUUUUUACAGUUCUGAUAUACACAAAAUCAACUUUUUGAGCGCUUUAAGAUCUGAAAAAAAAAAGGGAUAAGAGUUUGAAUUAUGUUUUAAAAAAUAAAGUUGCUGGCUUAAGUGAAAUACAGCAGAUGAUGGAAGAGAGAGGGAACCCAGACCUUUUUUCUUAAAACCUGACUGCAUUGUGUUGCAGCAGUUUUCUUCUAUAGGAAACCAAAUGUGUAGAAAAGUCAAACAUUAACAUUCUGUAUUUAGUCUGUGUAGUAAUUUGAUCCAGUUUUCUCAAGAAAACACACUCAUUUAUCAUUAAAGUAAAACUGCCGUUCAAUAUAAACAGUCGAUGAUAAAUGUAACUUUAACUUAGAACCAUGCAACUUUUUUGUGUGUUUUUAAUGAUGACAUCAUAGUGCCAAGCGCGUGCCAAUAUGUCGACAUAUUUAUAUCCAUGUUAAUGGUCCAUGAGAGCACACUUGAGUCGAUAUUACUUCUUCACUCAACAUCAUUGUGGAGGUUUUUAAACAUUGUGGCAUCAGUGGCUUUGCUCCCUCUUUUAUCCAACAUGUCCCUCUUUUUCUGCAGCAGAGAUCUCAUUGGCAGCAGCCGGUCAUGUGACAGUUCUGGUGUUGCAAAACAACAUGGCACCCAUGCAUGAUGAUAUACUGUAGUAGGUGUUGUAGUGAGGUGUUUUCUCGGUGACUCUAAAGGCAGAGCUGUGUCUAUUUUUGUAACGUACUGUGGAAGCUGCAUCGCUUUUGGAUCAUCAGAACUGUUGCAGUGGUGAUUUCUGAGACGGGGUCUGGUUUCCCUUUGAUGUCCCACAAAGCUGAUUGUCAUUGCUAAAUUUCCGGUGCAUCAAUGUUUAUGCUCAUCUUUAAUUCUGGUGUGCGGAAUGCCUAUUUAUGUAUUUAUUUUGUUGACUUGAAAAAAAACAAGAAAACUCUAAACCAAACCAGUUUUCUUCACUCAAAAGAUUUGGCGGUAAAAUAUUGCAAAUUUGAGCUCCUGUUUAUUUCACUCCCGAGAGUCAGGAUCCAACCUAAUGCCUUAUGACUUGCAUCCAUUCCUGAUCUUCGAAAAAAGGCUCAAAACAAAUCUGACCAAGGUCCAUGUUUACAGUCUGAAGCACCAGGUGGAGCAUUGUUUUUAUUCUUUAAUUUCGGCUAAAUGGUAGCAUGAUGACAUCAAGGUGCUGGAAAUGCAAACAGAGCAUAGAGGUUCAUAUUCAAAAAAGCUGGUACAAAUCAAAACGCCUGGUGCAAAUGUUCAAUCAUUGGAUUUUACUUGCAAAAUAUGUUGUGCCAACGAGUUUCAACCCAUGACAGUAAGAAAACCUCCAGACAAAGGUGCUGUAAUGAGGACUGUUUGAGCAUUUACCAAAACCAGUCAAGCAUUGCCAACAACUCCUUCUGCCCAGAGCACCAAAAUCAACAGUUUCCUAAAGAUGAUGAGGAAUAAAAGGUUGUCAGUCUGAAUGAUAACAUCAAAUCUCAACUGUAUUCUAUUCUGAAAUAAAAAAUCUCAAUAUUUUCAAUACACGUAAUUCCAUUAA